CACACGGGUACGCACACAACACAUGCGACCACCCCGCCGCUGUCGGGUGCUUGUUGGCUCCUCGUGCACCAUGAAAUGCUCCAUCCCUGUUCCCUGUUCUCGGCCCUGCCCUGGCUCCUGGCUUAGAGGUACCUCACUACGUGCACCACUGUACCUCUACUGUUGAGGUCCUUUCAGGUAGGUACUUUAGGUUAGUACCUGUUCGCUGCCCGACCCCUUACACAGGUGGUCGGUGAGUGGUGACCUGUGACUGAGGUGGUGAGCUCCAGCGCGGCGGCCUGGCUGCAUUCAGCCGCCCGAGGGCGAUGGUCCAGUGAUUCCAGUUCCAGUACUCUUGCAAGUUCUGACGUCGCCAUGAUUCACCGCGCUUUUUGACGGUACGCGGUCAACUCGGACUUGGCGGCGCUCGAUUCACAGCUGCAGGACUCGUCUUCAUCUCGGUACCAUCCAUCUCGUCUCAGCUACAGUUUUCUGCAUUCCUCCGCGCUGGCCCAACUACUCUGGAAAUCCAAGGCGGCCGCAGCUGCCCCGGACGGCGCGCGCCUGCCGACUCCGUCCCGGCCGCCGACGAUGACGCAGCUCCCGCAUCCGCCGACUCUGUCGCCACAGUUCUGCUUUUCUACGGGAACCCUACGCGACUUCCUGCGGCUCUCGAGAUCAUCUGUCGACGACUCCAUCGCGCAGCACCUCAACGCCCUCGUAACGCCUUCCCGGACGGGAUUCGAUCCGCGAUCGACGUCUCAGCGUGCCCCGCCGUCCGCAUCUCGCGAUGUAGAUGCGCAGGCGUGUCAGGCCUUCAAGGAGCACGUGCUGUUCCCGUCGUGGCAAGCCCGAGCUGAGGUGCUCAACUAUUGCGGCAUCGUGGCCACGAGCCCGGAUCCAGAUGACCCCGAUGCGGCGCUGCGGGAGGUGGAAAACCAGCGGGAGCGGGACCGGGUCGUGGAUGAGCGGUUGGACCCAUACUCCGGGAGGUUCUUUCCCCGGGAGCCUCGGACUGAGACCCUGGCCAUGAUUGUGCGUCAGGAGCGAGGCGUGGAAAGCAUUGUCCGAAGUCGCACGUGGGAUGUGGUCCAGCAGCGCUGCUCCGCGCCUCUGGAGCGCUGGGAGGAUGCCGUUGCGCGAUGGAGCGACAGGCAUCGCUCCAGCAAGCCCCCGCCAGGCCGGUGAUGAGGAAGGGCGACGGGAGCGCAGGUUUGUACGAGUUACAGAGCCCCUGGGGCGGUAAGAGAAGCCUCGGGGAGCCGCGGGAGGCAUCAAGAGGAUUUAUGAAGCGGAUGUUUUGUUGGCUUAUAGACAUGUCUGCCGUUUGUACACUAGCAACCAUACCAUACCCAACUACACGAGCUAUGUAAC